UUCAUGUGACCAUUUCCAUGGCGAGCCAUUCGUGGUGAUGCCUGUGUGGGUCGUUUUCGAAGUCAAGUGUCCAACAGUGAACCUCGAAGAUGUCCGAAUCGUGGGAUCGCUCCCUGAGCUUGGUUCAUGGGAACCCUCGAGGGCCUUGCCCCUUACGGCCUCUGAGCACACGUACCCCUCAUGGCGAAGUGCUGAAGUCUCCCUUCCCAGCCAAGUAUCAGAGGUGGUUCAGUACAAAUACAUCAAGGUCUUUGAUGGAUCCCUCGUGCAAUGGGAGGCCGGCCCCAACCGCUUCCUGGAUUUGAGCUGCCUUUUGGAAAGAAUGGUCAACUACGUAGAUGACCUCACCUUCGAUGUCAACGACAACGUCACACGUCGCAGUGGGAAUCGGAUUCGAUUUCAAGAGACUUUGAAGAGCGCUGUGACGUCCGUGACCACCUCCCGCUUCGCCAGCAGCGUGCCGUCGCCUCUUCGAACCAGUCAAACUCCUGUGGAGAAGACUCCAAGUUGCUUGGAUGAACUGGAAAACAUCAUGCGGGAACUUCGAGAGCUGGAACUGAUGAACCUCGCGAGUCGACCGGAAAUUAGGCGUGCUAUGAAUGCAGUUGGUGGCGCCAUGGAGGUGGAGCGCACAGGGCGCCAUUUUCCACGGCAUCGGGGGCGCCUGACCGUGGCCAUGGUGGCGUUGCUGAUGGUGCCGUUGAUGCCGCUGAUUGUCAGUGCAGUGCUGGUUUCGCAGCAGCAACCAGCACGGCUGCGCUACAAGUCUCUGGUGGCCUCUGCGAAAGAGGCGGUUCGGCAGCCGCUUCGAAGGUUUCUGGAACCCACGGACUGCGCCUAUGCGAUGCCCGUGCAGUUGCACAUCCGAUGCAAUGCUGGCAGUGCUGCCAGGUGUCCACCCAGGAGACACCGGUAGAAUCCGCCGGGGGAUGCAGUGACCAGUGCCCCAAAGUUCCAAUGAGGACUAGGACGAUCCCUUGUCAUCUCUGGCCCCCGGCCAAUCCUGGAGCCAUAUCACAAAACGGUCGUUUGGGCAAUCUGUGAAGAAAAAUUCGAAUGGUCCCAUUUUUGGGGACCUGGUUGCCGCUGGUUGCCUGGUUGCGACUUGGAUCGGCCAGGAUUGAUGCUGAAUCGCAAAGCAAAAUUCGAACAGAUUUUUUUCAACAAUUUUUUUUUCUUCGCCAGGUGUGGUCGUGGCCAAAGGCCCCAGACUGGUGCAGUUUAGCUUGCAAAACCAGAAAUGCAAAACCUCCUUUCCUC